CUGACGUUCAAGACUAUCUGGGCAUGUAUGGUGCGCGGUGCGGACAGACAGGCAGCCACGGCCGCCCUGCGCGCGCCAAGAUGGCCCGAGCUUCUCCCUUCCAGAAACAAACAGCUUCAAUCGUCGUGUGCAUGGGUCUCUGCUUUCACACAACAACGCUCCUUUGUCUUCAACCCCGACAACCUUUACUUCUCCCUAUUUCCUUUUCCCCCUCCACCGCCUGAUGAUGCGCUAAAGCUUUCAUCGUUCUAGCACCCCAUCCACCAUGGCUGCGGCUGCUGUUGAUGUCGGCUAUAUCGCCGCGUCCUACGCCGUGCCAGAGACUACCCUACAUUCGUUGACAUCCGAUCCCACCGUCGAGCUUGUACAAUCGCUGCUGGUUCAGAUUGAAGCGAAGGCCCGCGAAUUCGAUGACCUCAAAUCAGACAAGCUCCGCGCCGAGGUGGAACUCGAGGCCGCCGUGCAUAGCGCAGACGCUCGCGCACGCACUCUGAAAGCAACGGCAGAUAACGCUGUAAAGGAGGCCGAUGACUUGCGCCAAAAGAUUGCGCAAGAAGAAACCGCCCGCCAGCAGAUUGAGACUCAGCUUCAAGACCUCAAAUCGUCGGCGACAGGCUCCACAUCGCAACUUCAAACCCUUGAGUCGCGUGUGAAAACUCUCGAGGCGCAGAACCGCGAUACCGUAGCCCUCCACGAAGCCAAAUCCGCCGCACACGACCGCCUCGCCGAAGAGCUUUCUGCACAGCACCAAAAGUUUGUCGCAAUCCGCAAGCAAGUAGCCGAUCUUGAGGAAAAGAACCAGUCGCUCGAGACAGCUGCGACCAGUGUUAAAUUCCGCGAAUCAAAUUUUCAACAGGAGAUUGAACUAUUGCGCAAGAAUAACGAAUGGUUCGAAACCGAAUUGAAGACGCGCGCGGCUGAUAAUACCAAGUUCCGCAAGGAGAAGAACACUCAGAUCGCCGAACUUCAGCGCGCGAAUGCCGAUGCCAAUCAAACCAUAGAUUCGCUUCGCACCAAGGAGGCAUCCCAGGGCAAGCGUAUUGAAGAGCUCGAGCAGCGCGUCGAACAAACGCUGUCUCGUGUACAGCAAUUACAAGAGGAGGCGAGACAAAGUCAAGAAUCUUUCCGUGCUGAGCUCGAUAAUGCCCGUCGACUUGCGUCGUUACACCAAGAGAGUGCGAAUACGGUCAAGAAACGCUUGCAAGAGGUUCAAGAGCAAUUGAACAACCAAGGCGAUCAGGCGGCUGAGGAAGUGGGUCGGCUGCAGGCGGAGUUCGAGUCGGAACGCAACAGAGCCACCGAAUACGAAAACAAAGUAGCAGAACUCGAAUCUCUGCUCGAGAACCAAGAGUCCCAAUUAGCCGAAUUGAGAAACUCUGCUCAGGUUCCCGCUACACCACGCCGUGCUCUGAACGGAAAUUUCGACUCUCCAGGACGAGCUGGUUCGCCAAUUGCUUUCUCACCAGGCGGUUCCCGCCUGCGAGGUGGCCUAUCCAUGACGCAAUUGUACACCGAAAAUGCUAAGCUCAAGACCGAGAUCCGUGCUUGGCAAGAGAAGGAUGAGAAGCGGGCGAGAAUGAUGAAUGAGAUGCUUGAAGAAUUGGAAGACAGACAACCGGAAUUGGAAGAGCUCAGGCAGGAAAACGAGAGGCUGACUGCAGCUGCGCAAGAGGUGUCUUCGGUACUUGAUGAAGCACUUAAAGCCAAAGAAAAAGCACAAAAGGAAGCUAGGAAGCUCCAGGGCGAUCAUCAGGGUCUUCUGCGUCAGCGUGAGUUGGACCGUCAACUCAUACGCGAUGCCACCUUCCAAAGCACAUUCCUGCUAUACCGACAGAGAGUGCAAGAGGAGGGCGUGGAAAACCUUUCCCCCGAAGAGGCCAAGUUUUUCGAGGAGACGACAAAUAAUGAGAUUCCGGAUCAUCUGCUGGACGAAGAUGAGACAGCUACCAGUCGGAUACUUUCCAAACACCUUGUGCUAUUUAAAGACGUUUCUCAGUUGAUGGCUCAAAAUCAAGAGGCUUUGAGGGCCGUCCGAGAGGUCGCCGCCCGAUACGAAGGCAGUGAAGCUCAACUAAAGGCUGCUGAGCAAGAGCGCAAUUUGGAAGAACUGAAGCAACUGCGUGAUAAGCUAGCCGACUAUGAGGGGCAAAUAGAGUCACUCAAUUUACGGUCGCAGAGCUUCAUGAAGGAGCGCGACAUGUACCGACGAAUUGUUACAAGUCGUGGCCAGGCUCCUACAUCUGCGAUGGAUGAGUCCACAGGUGGUAGAGAGACUCCCACUGCUGGCUUCGGAGACAGUGUUAUAAGCAUCGCCGGUGCACCCAUUUCCGACAACAGCGAAAUUGUCAAAGAGCUGCAAACACGCCUGGACACCGUAAAAGAAGAAUAUGCGACAGACCGUGCAACCUCCAAGCAGCAAGUCGACGAACUCGUCAAAGAGAACCGCCAGCUGCAAAGUGACAACGUACGACUCAGCACUAAGCAGGAGAUGGUUCAAGAACGUUACGAUCUCCUUCAACAUAAAAUCAGCAGUUUGGAGUCCGAAAAGGCCGAGUUGAAGAAACAACACGCUUCUCUAUAUGACGAAUUCGUUAAAACCGACCAACGAAAACAGGAAGACUCUGAGAAUCUGAUAGAAGUGAAGAGUCAGCUCGAGAGUGUUGAACGAGAGAACGUCAAUCUGAAAGCUUCCCAGUCUCUCUGGAAGACGAUCGAAGCCCGCCUGAACGAGGACAAGAACAUGCUCAUGGAAGACAAAGCUCGGUUGAACAAGAUCAUCGCUGACAUGCAGACCUUGCGUAACGAGCACGAUCUAGCUGAAGCUCAAAAUCGUCGAAACUUGCAGUCGAGGAUCGAUGGGCUUGAAGCAGACCUCCAGAACACGCAACGAAAGCUGGAAGAAGAAGUCGAGGACCACAAGAAGCUUGUGAUGCGACAUGAAUGGGAGCAUACCGAGAAGCAACGGAAGAUCGACGAUCUAAUGAAGGCCGCCAACGAGGUCCGGCAGGAGCUCGCGUCAGUGAAAUCGAUACGCGAUCAAUUGCAACUACGCGUCACUGAGUUACAAGACGAAUUGCGGAUCGCCCAUGCGCGCGUUCAGGCAUCACAACCUCAGCAGUCAGCUAGCGGAUCAGGAGAUGGCAAUGAAGAGGAUCUCAGUGCUGAAGAUCAGCUUGCCAACCAGGUCACUGAACUCCAACGUAAAUACGAACGUGCGCAACAAGAGUUGGCUGCCGCAAACACUACGGCCGAUGAUCUCCGAGCUAUUGCUCAAGAUACCGAGGAGAGGUCACAAGAAAUUCACGAUGCAGCAGAGAAGCUUCAGCAUGAGUUUGAUGAAAACGUAGCAGAGAUCUCUCGUCUACGCAAACAGGUCGAGGAAAUCUCGGAGGAGCUCACCACAGCCAAGACCGAGCUAUCUGAGCUUCGAGGCGGACAAUCGCAAGAAAUCUUGCAACUUACUCAAAAGCAACAGUCUCUCGAGGCCGAAAUUGCCACCCUCAAAGAAAACAUCAAUGAUUGCCAAGCUGAGAUUGAGAGCAAGACUCAGGAUGUGUCGGCUCAAGCCGAGAUCGCGAAGAGAGCCCAGCAAGACUACGAAAACGAGUUCCGAAAGCAUGGUGAAACCAUGGCGAACCUCCGAACAGUUCGUGCAGAACGCGACACUUUCAGUGGAGAAAUUACACAAUACAAGACUCAGGCUGAAGCUGCUAGUGCAUCGCUGGCUCAGAACGAAGAGCAUUUGGCAUCGACCCAGGAGCAGUACAAGCGUGAACUUGAAGAAGCUCGGACCCGGUAUAGUCAAUUGGAGGAGUCGAACAAAACUCUCUACGCGCAGUAUGAUGCGCUCACCGCUCAGAUCGCUAGCCUCAAGAGUGAACAGAUGUCGGUGGCUGCGAGCAAUGCGGAUGCUUCAAGCCUGGAUUCCAACGUGAGCGGCCUCCAGGCUCUUAACAAGAUCCUUCGCGACGACAAAGACGUAUUACAGCUGCAGAUGAAUGCAAAGGAACUCGAGCUUCAACGGUUUAGGCAGGAGUUGACCCGAAAGGAGGAACAGCUGGAUCGGGUCAAUGAAAAGCUCAUCGCCGAGCAGUCUCAGAAUACAAAUCGACAAAGUGGUGCAAACCACCAAGCUCUCCAGGACAGCAUCGCCCAGCUUAACGUCUACCGAGAGAGCAACACUACUCUACGCAAUGAGAAAAAUAGAUUGGAGACCGAAAGAGAUGGCUUCAAGCAGAAGGUUGAGGCCCUCAACCAUGAGAUUGGUCCUUUGAAGGCCCGCGUUUCCGAAUUGGAAGGCGAGCUCGAGAUCAACAGCGGACAUCUCAAAACCUUGGAAGAGGACCGCGAUCGCUGGCAAAAGCGUCAUCAAGAUGUGCUGCUACGAUACGAUCGCAUUGAUCCCAAAGAGCUUGAAGACCUUAAGAAACAACUGGCACAACUUCAGGAAGAGCGCGACCAAGCACAACAACAAGUCGAUGGCGUUGAUGCACGCAUCACAGCUGCGAAAGAAGAGGAGAAGGCCGUUUGGGAGGAACGUCGAAAGAAUAUCGUCAACCAAGCGAGGGAGAAGGCAAGGACCGACAAACAAGCCCGCGACAAGAUUACAGCCGAACGCGAUCAAGUCAUUGUGGAACGUGAUCAGCUCAAAGCAGAGCUCGAGACGGUUAAAAGCGAACUGGCAACCGUACAGUCAGAUCUUGAAACUACUCGACAAUCCCGCGAUGAAGCUUUCGAAAAGAUGGAAGCCGCGGAUACAGCAAUGGAAGAAGAAGGCCAGGUCAAUGAGGGGAACCCUGAUUUCACAGCGGCUGAGAAGGCCGAGCUUGAAGCCCGCGUUGCCGCGGCCGAAGACCGUGCCAACCAACAGUCCAACGAGUCUGUUUCUCUCGGAAUUCAACUUCAAGGUUUAGGAGCACGGGAGAAAGAUCUGGAGAACCAAGUUGCGGAGCUGCAGCAGCGCAUCGGAGUGCUUAACAGCGAGAUUUCUGAAUCGCAACGCCAGAAAGCUCAAGACGACGCACGUCUUCAAGAAGUGCAAUCUGGCGCUACCCCGUCUGAAGAGCAAAAGCCCCCGCAGGCUUCCGAGGAAACUAGCGAUUUGACAGAGAAACUCACCAUUGCGCAAAAAGAAAUCGAGGACUUGCGGACGCGCGCCGAGAUGGCAGAAUCGCUUGCAAGCCAGAACGACAACAACGCUGUGGACGUGAUUCCUGGGCAAACUAAUCAGGAGACCGGUGAACAAGGCGGUGAACAACUUGCCUCAGUUCAAAGCACUCUGGAAGAUCGCGAAGCUGCGAUUGCCAAAGCUGAAGCCGAGAUAACGGCUUUGAAGGCUGAGAUAGACCAAGUUCGGCAGGAUUCGGAGAAGAAGGUCAAGACUUCAGCGGAAAAGAUGGACAGUCUGAAGACUAAGGCGAAUGACAAGAUUAAGGAGAAAGCAGUGGAGAUUGAACGUCUCAACAAGGAGCUGAAGGAGAAAGAGAAGACUAUUGCUGGGCUGCAGCAGGAGGUCGAGGAGCUCAAAUUGCAAUCGCAGGACAAGUCCAACACAAUCAUCGCACCCGUCAACCCUUCACCCGUGCCAGGAUCGGAAGCCUCAGAGCGCGAGACACAGGACUGGAUCAAUGGUAAUCCCACGGCUCAGAAGAUCAUCAAGCGCACUGUCAUCCAGAGGAUCAAGGCAGAACAAGACACCAAAGACGGCCAAGGUUCCGAAGAUGCUACACCCAUUGAGCAGCCAACAGACUCUUCCGUGAUCACCAAAGAAGAGCAUGAGCAGAUUGUUGCCAAAAAGCAAGAAGAGAGACAGAGUUUGGUUGAGACUAAGUUUGCGGCGAAGCUAAGUCUUGCUUCCGGUCGAUCUGCCAAGCUCAAGGCUCAAUGGGACGUUGUGGAGAAAGCUGCUACGGAAACACCAGAGAAGCCGGUCAAGGAGGUUUACGAUGUAGCCAAGACCGCAAAACCUGCACCAGCAGCACCCGUGAAUGUCCCAGCCAGCAACCAGCCUUUACCACCUACGCAGCAACCACCGUCGCCUGUCACGGCAGCGAUCAAUGCAGCUACCCAACAAUUGCCAGGCCAGCACGCUCAGGCUAACGGGGCAAGGCAAAAUUCUUUCGGACCGUCUUCUUUUGGACAGUCCGGCAAUCCGUUUGCCCAGUCGGUCAAUCAAGCUUUCCCCAACCCCAUGCAAAACCAAAUGGGCCAGAGCUUCUAUGGUGGUGGUCUACCACAGCCAGGCUUCUCAGCCCCUACGAAUCAGUUCAUGAACCCGAACCGCCCGAACUCCCCAUAUAACCAACAAGUUCAACAACAGCAUAUACAACAAGGGGGACGAGGACGUCCUGAGGUUGGUACAGGUCCCGGAGCGCUUCGAAGUCUCGGUCAACCCGCCCAGUCAGGUAUUCCUCGGGGGGGCGGGACCGGAAUUCCUAUGCCAGGCGGCGGUCGCGGGCAGGGGAGAGGACAGGUCUCAAACGCACAAGGACAAGCAUCUCAGAUUGGGCGUGGGGGUGGCCAGAAUAGGGGCCGCGGAGGUGGGCGUGGAGGUCAACAGCAAGCUCCAAGCAGUCCCAUGAAUGCAAGCGCAGCGGCGUUUCAACCUGGCGGGGGUCUUGGACGGGGACAGAAGCGAGGCGCCGAAGAUGAUGGCGGUCACCGUGGAGGCAAGCGACCCAGAGGUGGCCGCGGGGGUGCCGGUGGUGGUGCCGCAGGAGGAUCUGCUGGUGGCGAAGAGUGA